AUGGGAAAACGUGGCGACUCGGCACCGGCACCGGUGUCUGCAAGGGUGCAGGCUUUGGUUGACCAUGCAAAGCAGCACUUUGGGAAAGCAAAGGGGGCUCCCGUGCCCAAUGCACGCCCCCAGGCAACACCGGCACGUGCCGUGACUCCUCCCCCGAAGCCCUCGCAGAUCGCGACCCCGCCAGCCCCGACACUGAAGCAACACAGCCCGAUGUCCACCAGCAGCACCCCUCUGAAGUCACCAGAUGCCAAAAGGUAUCGUAGUGCCUCCUCUCUCUCCUCGACACCGAGCGAAGCAUCGCAAAUCUUCUGUGGUGUUCCCUGCUUGGUGAAGUCCACGGAGAAACCGGCCGAGGCCGAGAGUGCGAAACCGACUGCCGAGCCAGAGAAACCGAAUGCCGAGCCGAUCCGCAGUGUGACAGCGACUGCCGAGCCGAUCGACAGUGUGAAAGCGACUGCCGAGCCAGAGAAACCGGAUGCUGAGGUGCCAGCAACCAUGCAAGAGCCUGAUCCCGAAGCCAUGGCUAGGGAAAGCGAGCCUAAGAUGAUGAAGGUCGCUGAGCAGAAGCCUGUGGCCCCCGAGUCAUCUGCCCCGACAAGUGUGUGUGCCAAGGCAUGUGCUACAGCCAUGGGAGUUUCCGUGAGUGCAGAGGCAUCUGGUGCUGAUGUGACGAUGAAGGUUGCAGCCACCUCUGCAGAUGCGAAGGUGGAGGCGACGGUUCACCAGGCGCCGGCGAGGAAACCGGAUGGCCCCGAUGACCUCGAGAAGCACUUGGAGCAGCUUCUGGAGGAGCAGGAGAUGAUGGAGCAGGCCAAUGACAGAGCAUCUGAGGCAGAAUCAAGGGCGAAAGCCUUGCAGAUGCUUCUUCAAACUCUUUUGGAGAAGCCUGCUGAGGUGCAGCAGUCUCGAUCCGGCGAGCUCCAGUGCUUGCUCCGAAGGGGAAGCACUGAGGACAUCGAGAAGGCGACCGCAGCGAUGACGGAGACCGAGAACAAGAACUCGCCGGCAGGUGUCAUCGUGCAGGGCCAGGUGAAGCUCGUGUGGAAGGUGCUGGUGUGGAGACUCCAAAGGCACCCGUGUGGAGACGCCCAAGGAGUCAGCAAGGAGUCAGGCACCCGUGUGGAGACACCCAAGGAGUCAGGCACCCGUGUGGAGACGCCAAAGGAGUCAGGCACCCAUGUGGAGACCGCCAAGGAGUCAGCAGGCACCCGUGAGACCGCCAAGGAGUCAGCAGGCACCCAUGUGGAGACCGCCAAGGAGCCAGGCACCCGUCCGGAGACGCCGAACCAGACCCAGGUUAAGCAGGAGCCGAAGGUCAAGCAGGAGCCAGACACAGAGGACAGUGCCCCGCCCGCCAAGCCGAAGACGAAGAAGAACCGUGAAAACGAGACGGAAGAGGAUCGCCGUGUCAGGGAAGCCCACAACAGCUACAUGAGAUACUUCCGAUCCAUCAGAUCAUCCCGCUGCCCACCGGAGGUUCGCGAGCGGUGCUUGACCUCUGCAGGCAAGAAGAAAAGCCCGGCUAUCAUGAGGCAGAUGUACGAGAUGUUUCUGACUUGUGACGGCGACUGGCUGAGCUCUUCGCUAGUGGUCAAUGCCCGUAAGAAGAAAGGCUCUCGACGCCGUGGACGUUACUUGUGGAAAAAGUUCGAGCACGGCGAAGCGAUCGCCGAGGACAUCGUUGCCUCGAAGAAGGCAAUGGAUCAGACGGGCCGAGGCAUCUGGUGGAAGGUGCACCCCGAUCAGCCCAAGAACAAGGAGUGGGAGCUCUUCAAGUGCUUUGACUCUCGGGAGGAGUUGACCGAGAGCGAAGACGAAAUGGAGUUCGGGUUGAAUGCCGAUGUUGAGAUGGAUCAUCAGGGGACUACGGGUAUCUUGUCCCAUCUUCUCGAUCGCGGAAGUGAUGCCCGUGGCAGCAAUGACCCUCCGGGAGAUGGGCCCCCUCCUCCGCCUCCUAAUCGUGAGAGGAGGGUUCCCAAGGCUAAAGAGGCAAGCCAAGAGGCGAUGGAUCUUCUUAAGAAGGGCCCGCAGCGGUUCAUCGAGGCAGAUGGGAUGGAGAGCAUGCUCCACAGGGGUGGCAUGCACCUUGGAUUGUGCAGAAUCGAUAAGUUCUAG